GCCGCCUACAUUGUUUUUGUCCGGAUCAGCUCCUACACGUGCCGUGGUGUUUUCUGUCCAUAAAUCCAAUUCAACCGCAGGAGCGAUGGGCGGAACCCGCUUCUUCUUGGCGGAUCUGCCAAGCCGGACCACCGAGGCAGACCUCAACGCUCUGUUCCAGGACUACGGCCAUGUGGAGCACGUGGAUCUCAAGCGGAAGGAGCAGGAUGGAGCCACCAAGGUGAUUGCCUUCGUCACCCUGCAGACGGACGAUGCCGACUACUGCGUCAAUGAGCUCAACUGGCAGAAGCUGCACGGUACCAAGCUGCGCGUGUCGCUGGCCAAGGAGUCGUUUUUGGACCGGCUGAAGCGGGAGCGCGAGGAGAACCAGCGGCGCGAGCAGGGCGAACCAGAGGCUUGGGAGAAGCCGGCGCAGAGCUCCCAGCUGCUGUCGCAGAGCAAUCAGAACAAGCGGCGGGUUUUCGGCGAGGACGAGGAGAUCGGCGACGAUGAGAUCGCACCGGAGCUGCUCAUCACCAAGAAGCGUGCCUCACAAUCCAUGCACAACGGCAAGAUAGUUAUCCAGCAGGAGCACGACGUGAAGCCGCUGCACAUCAUCGAGCAGCACCGAAAGCCGGCCAAACAGCAGCCGGACACCAAGGUCAGUAAGGCGGAGCAGAAGCGCCUGGAGUCGCUGAAUAAGAUGCGGCAGGAACAUCAGCAGAAGAAGUCGGCCAUCCAGCUGGCACUAUCAGUGGGCGGCCAGGCGAAGCGGAUCAAGUUUAGCGACGACGAAGCGGAGACCACGCCGGCCAAGAAGAAAAAGAAGGAUCUUUUUGCCGACGACGAGGAAGGUGAGGAAAACGAGCAGGUCAUACUGCCGCAGCACAAGGGCAAGAAAGGCGAGCGCUUGGUGGAGAUGCAGAGCAAACAGAGCCUGGAUCCCCGUUUCCGCAUUACAUCUACCUUUGUGGAGGACGACGAGGAGGAGGAGCAUGAGGCGGAGGAGGAAGAACAGCCGGAGCCAGUGGAGAGCGAGCGUCAAUGGCAGAUGGGCAUCCUAGAGGAGGUGGUGGGACACAAGAUAACCGGGAAUGACGACAAGCCGGCAAAAGGCAAAAAGAUGCUGCGCUUUGAUCCGGCCAAGGAAGACCAUCAGAAAUUGGUGCGCCAGAAGCAGGAGACCCCUGUCAAGCUUAAAAAGACCAAGGAUAAUACAGAAGCCGCCGCUCCUGCUCCUGCUCCUGUCUCCAAGGCGGCCUUCUACAUGGUCACCGACACGCUGAAAGAAUCGCUCAACAUGCGCGGCGAGGGUUUCAGUCUGCUGGACAUGUUUGGCAAAGCUCCCGACGAGGAGGUGGCCAAGCGGCAGGAUCAGCUAGAGAAGCUCGGCCAGGAGAAGAUCCUUGUGGGCAAGAGCUCCUCCUCCAGCAAACAUCUCGGCCUGGCUGCACUCAAUCCUUUCAGCUAUGAUUCCUCCGACAGCGAAGAUGAGGAGGCAAAGGAUGCGCCAAGGCAGGAAGAGGAAGCUGCCAAUGAAAACCAGGCACCCGCUAAGAAAAAGUCCAAGCAGAAGAAGCCCAAAAUCAAAAUGGAGUCCUUCUUCAUACCCAAAAACGAUCCUCGGCUAAAGGAGGCAGCCAAGUUCUUCAAAUCCGCCAAGGCGGAGGUGGAUCAGGAAGACUAUGACCGGGUGCGGAACCGGCUGAAGCUGCUCAUCAGCAACAAGAUAGCCAAGACCAAGAAGAACCAGCCCAGCAAGGACAUCAAGCAGAAGCGAAACAAGACGAAAAACUGAGAUGGAUCUGGAGGUGGAGGUGGAGUGGAGCUCCAAUGUUCUAGGUAGUUGUAAGCAUAGCCACCGGGCAUAGGAAAUGUAAAAUAAAAAGCCACUUGUUUUAAAA